CAACGGUAGAAAGUCCGCUGGGAUGGCACACGAUGACGACCUUCCAGCAGAGGAUGUGGCCCGCAUCGAGGACGCGGUGAAAGCAGCGAUCGCCCAAACGCUCGGCUGGUCCUACGUUGACGCCUACACCACAAGUCGCAACCGUCUCCGGCCAGGCCGGCGACGCACCUCGUUCGGCGAUCUGGAGCUCCCAUUUGCCAUCGACGUCUUCAAGCGUCACAUCCGCGCCCAGUGUGUCCAGAAGCUUCCGAAAGCAGCGUUGUAUGUCACGACCGUGUCGGACUAUGGGCUCACGCGCCACUUUGCGUACGCCACUUCCAAGGCCGUCGCCGACGCGCUCCGACAGGUCUUGCUCCUCGACACGUCGCUCGCCGGGCUUCUUAGCAACCUCGUGUGCGAUGCCAAAGGCGUGCUGACGUUCACGACACAGCGGCACUUUGCGUGGCACUCGACGCACGGACGUCUCGUCUGCUCUGCGUGCGGGUACUUCUUCAACGGCCAGCGCGGCCUGCGCAUCCACCAAGUCACGCAACACGGCAUUGCGUACGAUCGCGCGCAGUCCGAGGCACUCUCGAGCGACACGCAGCUCGUGGUGUAUGUGCCGACCAACGACGGCGUCGCGCACGGUCGACGUGCGAAAGCCUCUCCAGUCGCGACGGACCCGGGUCUUGAGGCAGCAAAACUCGGAGACCUCGAUCUGCUGCAAUCGCUGGUGGCGACCGGGUGGGACCCGCAAAAGGUUGUCGAUCGUCAUGGGUCGAACACGCUUGCGUGGGCCGCGGGGGGCAACCAUCUUGACGUGUGCAAGUACCUCGUCGAGACGUGCCAUCUCAGUGCGUCGGCGCUGCAAGGCAAACCCGGGAUGAAGCGCAACGCACUGCACUGGGCCGCGCGCAACGGGCAUGUGGCCAUCACCGCCUGGCUGCUGGAGACGCAGCAGGUUUCCGUGGACGCCCCGACCGAAGACGGCACGACCGCGUUCCACUUUGCCGUUUGGAACAGCCAAGUGCACAUGUGCCGCUGGCUCGUGACCAAUGGCAAGUGCAAUGUACAUGCUCUGAAUGCAUACGGCUGCAAUGCGUCGCAGUGGAGCGCGUUGACGGGCAGUGUCGAGAUGUUGUCGCUUCUCCAAGACGUCGGCGUCGACCUCGGUGUCAUCAACUACAACGGCCACUCGGCCUUGCACAAGGCAGCCCUGCGGGGCCAUCAGGACGCCUGCGUGUGGCUGUUGUCCCACGGAGGUCUUGGCCGGCGCCACAUGCGGCCCGACAGCGACGGCUUUACACCCAUGACGUUUGCGUCCACGAACGGGUUCCCGACCCUCGGGACCUAUCUUGCCGACUGGUUCGAAAUGGCGUUGUAAUGGGAUAAAGGCGCGCGUGCAGUUCAUGAAUCCACCGUGGCAAUGACGUCCAUCUCCGCCCAUCUCGCCGCCUCAGUCGGUUUCGGAGAUGCUAGAACACAGCCCAGUAGGAGGACAGCGUGUGUGCUCUCUCCGCCUGUUUAUCUCACACUGCCGCCGAGCCCAUCGAUGCGUGUGUUGUGCGACUGCCGGUCGU